ACACACAUUCAUUUGCUGCGAACGAAGUGGUGAUGACGGUCACCAUGAACGGUGUUUGUGCGUCUUUAAGAAGGAAUUCGGGUAAAAUUUGUGCAAAGAAUCUCGCGAGUCGGUGGUAAAUCGUAGUGAAAAACGGUACUCGAGUGCCAGCCGUGUACGGACAGUGUGAAACCGGGUGCUGCGGGUAACUGCAAGUCAGCGAAAACGAUGGCCAUGUCCAGCUGGAUGAUUCGCCAUCGGAGCCAGCGACAGAGAAGUCGACCCCCGCCGGAAGACUGCUACCGCCUGGAUACGGCCAAAUCGAGCUGGGAAAAUGCGACGGAUAUCUACCGGGUGCUCAGUGCCCGUGCCAUCAACGAGAACAAACGGCUCAGCCUGCUGAACGGUCUGGUCAAACUGAUCGAGCGUUGCAAGAAGGAAAAAACGCUCAGCAAUUGUUCGCUGCUGGUCGGUAGCCUCCAGGAUGUGAUGCUACAGGAACGGGAUGCCGCCCUUGGGUACAGCAGUAUCGAGUGGUUCUAUUGUAUCAGUGCUUCGCUCGUUCAUCAGUUCACGCAGAUUCGGGCGGCGGCACUAAGAGCGAUACGGCACCUGCUGAUGACACCGAGCGAUGUUCGGGCAAUGAAUGAUCUUCAAAUAGAACAUUUGAUCUGUAGAAGCCUGGACGUGCUGCUGAAGAAUGAAGAGGAACGAGUACAGGCGCUAAAGUUGAUUAGGAAACAGCUGGUCAUUGCCCCUGAGCUGGUUAGUCCGGCUGUGGUGAGGUGUUUGGUGUCUCUUGGCGAAAGUGGAGCUGAAGAUCGUAUGGGUAGCGUUGAUCGAGAAGAUCGUAUGCUGAGAGCUUGUCUCGCCACACUUUGUGAGCUGGGAGUGCUUAAUCCGAAGCUUUUGAUCGUUUGUGGAGGAGUUAGUGUGAUCACCAGGAAUGUUCUGGAGUGUCAUAGCCCGCGGAUAGCGGAGAGUUUAUGCGGGGUCCUACUACACUUGCUAGAAUGGCCGAAAAACCGACAUAUUGCGGGUGUCCGACUUGAUUGUCUAGCUGCCCCCUAUUGUGAUUUCAGCUAUCGAUUAGGUAUCAUGGAUAAAAACAAGGACGCCAGAGACCUUCGGUUUACCUGUAGCCGCCUUGCCCUACUUUCUGUCCUCCGCAGCUGGGUCGGAACCAUUGAGUUCUGCAACCCAGCGAAACCCUCCGGUUUGAAGGCAAUCAUCGAUAUCCUCUACCUAAAUCAGCUCGAAGUACGCAAAGCCGUACUCGACCUCCUGUAUGAGCUACUUGGACUUCCUCAACCCGGAUGGACCGAUGAGUAUUCUGUGGCACUAUCGGCAGUCGAUCCAUCCGAGUACCAAGACUCCUGGCGACUGAACGAAGGCUUCGUGGCAGCAGAAGGAACGGCAGUGCUUCCAUCUCUCGCCAGUCGUGUGCCAAACAUCUCCGACAUACACCUCGCGCUGCUGCUGUACUGUUUCAUCGAAAACGGUCUCCUCAACGCACUGGUCGAAGUGAUAAUCUCCAGUGAUACCUUCAUUUCGGUCCGUGCGACAAUCCUACUCGGCAAGGUGCUACACCAAAUGCAUCAACUGCUGCCGGAAGAAAUUUGCAACUCGACGCCUACCAGCACUCUGCCAAGUCUAAUCUCGAAAGCGACCGAAGGUAACCAUCAGGCCAAAGCUGCGAUAGCUGCUCUGCAGCAGUUUCAUCAGAUGCUUCAGAAUCGACCGGCAUCGUGUUCGCUGUUUCUCGACUGUAUCAUUCAGAGUGGCGAGCUGAUUAACACCCGGAUGUUUAAGCGGGAACUGAGCUCUCAGGAAGCAGUUCCGCUGCCAGCAACAAAAUAUGCUACUCUAGACAGUGGAUUCGGAACGAAACGCACUCGACACGAUUCCGUCGGUUCAACGGGAAGCUCCAGCGGCGGAGGCGGUGGAGUUAGUGGCCGACUAGGGUACCUAUUUACCGGGAGUCUUCCCCUACCCAACGGAUCUUCAAUGGAUGACAGUACCAUUGGUGGUGAGCGAGGAAUGAAGCCUCAAAGCGGUCUCAGCAAACGAUCUAGCUUCAAGCGAGUCCGAUUUCUGCAUAUAUUCGACAAUCUCAACGAAAACGAACGACUCAUUAAGGACUCGAACGUGCUGGGGAAUAAGGAUGCAAACGUGUGGGACUGGGACAUUGUGAUAACGAUUUUCCGAUCGGACAGCUUAGGGAAUAAACUGGACGAUCAGAACACGCGGUUCAUCCGACGGAUAAUAGAAUAUUUUAAACCUAGCAAUAACCGUUUUUCGCAUCAGGAUCUGACCGGUAAUAGCCGGCAGUUGCCGGCGUAUGUGACGGCGGCCCUGGAGCUGAUUGAUUGGCUGCAGCAGAGCGAGCAGGAGCUGGAAUGCAUUCGCAUCCUAACGGACUUGUUCACCGACAUCAGCCGACAGCUGCUAGCAAUACACGCCAAAAAGUCCGCCCACGAAUGUCUGUUCAGUCCGCAGCACAUGACCAGUACCAUGUGCCAACAGUACUUUCUGCUGAUCGGGCGCAUGUGCCGAACGGAGAAGGGCCUCAGCGUGCUGACCAACACCGACGUCUUCAAAGAACUAACAACAAUCGUGACGAAAACCAAUCACCUCUGCUACGUGAAGCUAAUAGUUUCCGGUCUGGACUAUACCCUAGAAGGAGAACCGCGAAAAAUUCUAAUGCGGGCUCUGUUAAAACACCCUUCAGCAAAGGCACGACUGUACGCUACCCAGUUCCUGCGAGUUUUGCUGCGGGCAAGACUACCCAACUUUGAGGUAUGGGGUAUUCCGCUGCUGCUGAAACUGGUCGACGAAAGUCAGGCACGCUGCGUUCAGCUUGCCGCACUGGAGAUUCUUGAGGAAGCUUGCUACGAACGGGCCUACCUCGAAGAACUGGUCAACGUGUGGCCCAAUCUGGAAAGGAUGAGUGACCACGGAAAGCUAGUCACGAUGAAGUUUUACUCGAUACCAAGGGGUCUGAACCAUCCGAAGGCUAAAAUUCAGGAAGAGAUUGAGCUAUGGGUUAAGGUUUACAAUAAGAGAUAUGUCCUAAUGAUAGAAGCGGACGUCCACGCUCAUCUCACACAGCACACCAAAACAGAGGAUGGAACGUACAGUCGGAGGCAUUGUACCCAGCGAACAGGUGUCGCCGCUCCAAACAUGUUGCCACACUUGUACAGUCAGUUGGUGCAGACCAACCAAGGAUUGUCGAACCUUCAAAUGCAUGGUGACGUGGAAAACCUAAUCGAAACGAUGAUGCAAGCCAAAUGCAAUACCGAACGUGAAGUUCUUUCGCUGAAAGCAGCCUUGUGGGCGUUGGGGCAUUUCAGUACCAGUAAGGAUGGCGUUACCUAUCUUGGUGAAUCCCGUACUGGGGUCUACGAACGACUGAUACAUUUAGCAAUGUACGCUGAGGUGUAUUCUGUGAGAGCGACCGCACUGAACUGUCUAUGUUUAGUGGCCACAACUCAGCUAGGUGCAGAUAUUCUACACCGACUGAACUGGAUUGCUGUGCGACAUGAUCGUAACACCAGUUGGCCAGUGUAUGAACGUGAAGAGUGGUUCCCCAGACAGAUGACUACCCCGGUGAGACACAACUACUCGCUGGCACCGUACAACUAUACGGCUCUACUAGGUGACAAUGGAGGCUUACUACAAAACGACAGUGACGAGCAGCAACUGAUCGUGUCCCGUAUGGAAAGCACCUCCGUCGGAGAGGAUCAAAGUGACUGCGCUGCAGUAUCCUCUGCGCAAAACGCCAGCCUAGCGCCCCGUUCUCGAACCUUACCGGAGGGUGUCCUUACCGCUAGUCGUACUCCAAUCUUUCAAAAGCACAAACGAUCCCUAUCCGAAUCGAAAACAACCGACGGGAUCAGUCUGAUGACUGCUUUUCCACCGGUUCCGCAAACUACAAUCGUUCCCUCGUCGCUACAGAUGCAACCGCCGUCACGCAUCCGUUACAAUUCAGGCACGGACUCGAACACCUCCGGGGUGAGCAGUUACGAAUCGAUUGUCGGCGGACGUUUCCACUCGGACAUGAUGCAGCAGAGUCAACUUUCGCCCAUACCCAGCAGUUCAAAUCUAAUCGAUCUUAAAAAACUAUCCUCGGAGGAAAAAUAUCGACGAAUAUCACUGUCCGGUAUACCGCUGAGAAAAAGUAACAUGAUGUCGGCACAGGAUCUUCACGGUUACCAUACGCUUCGGAUACUGCGACGGCGCUGCCGGCCUAUGCUGUCGGAGUCUGCUGCGGACGAGCUGGCUGAAAUCAUGGAUGAUACAAUGGCCAGUGUGACCUCGUCGUCAUCCACCUCAACCAUUUCUAGGUUUCGAUUGCGCGCAUCCAAAUCGUUAUCGGAGCAACAGCGAAAGCUGAGAGUUCGCAGUCUCGAUCGAAACAGUGGCGUUAAUGCGAUAAUGGGCUACGACGAUUUCCGAAAGAGUCUACGAAUAAAACAUCAACGGUUACAGGGUCAAGCGGAAGUUCGCGGCCCCUGUUACUCUGGAAUCUGUCUCCCGCGCAACAUUCUAGACCUGUUCCCGCUGGACGAAACCAACGGGACGUACGUGUCGAACUUCACACUGAAUGAGCUGGAAGCAAACACGUACAGUGGUGACGUGAACUGCUGUAAGGAUGACUUCGGAGGGGCCCAUAGUAGCAGUAUUCUGAUCGUUGAUCGAGAAUCGGCUGAUUCGUUGAAACUACUGCGAACAAGUUCAAUGGAUAGUACCGGGACCGGUCACCUGCGGGACGAGUGCCUACAGUGCUGUCGACCACGGAACGCACCUUCAGCCACCAGCAGUAGCAGUCGUAGUGAGUGUUUUAACUCUUCCGAGAAUUCGUUCAGUGAUGAUGGAGACCGAAUACGAGCUAGUAUCCUGUUACAUGUUCAACGAAUGGCGAAUCCAGUUUGGAGUAAGCAGAGCCGUAUGCAGUUGCUGGAUCUGAAACAGAAACAUGCCAGUGCGUUUCAGGAUGUGUGCUUGUACUCGGAAGUUUGCCAUCAGUUGGGUCGAAACACGUACCGGCUUGGUUCGAGAAGGUUUUUGCAGGAACUCUUCCUAGAUUUGGAUUUCGAUAGUUUCUAUCGGGAACCGGGGUACAUUGCCAGUUCCAAGGGUAACCGUCCGACCGGUAAUGAAACUUUGCUGAACGGUUUACUGAUGGAUGGCGGAUCAGCUUCACCGAUAGUGACGAAAACCAGUGAAUCGAACCUGACGAAAAACGGUAGUGCAACUAGUGGUAGGACUAGCACCGUAAAAGUGAACAAUGAAAGUAGCAAUAAACAAACGAACUCGACCGUCGAAGGGCGCAGUAAUAGUGUCAGUGGUAUCCCGCAAAGCAAAACGAAGAAGCCUUACCCGCCUGCAACGGCUGGAGGCAGUGGCGGUAGUAGUAGUAAUAGUACUAGUAGCAAUAGUGGAAGUAACGAUAGUGUUUCCGCACUUCACAACACCAGUGGUAAGACGCAUCACAUGCGGUCGCCACCGCUGGCCAGUCUGUAUGAAACGAGCGUCGAAAAUCUGGCAGAGAUGAGCUCCACUCCGAAGGCGAAACCAUCGCUGCGUGUGCAGGCCACCCUCGGUCAGAUGGAAAUGAACCAGAAAGUUCUCAACCGACACUCGAUCGGCACGGACGUGCCGGACGGCGGCGGCGGCAGCAGCGGUGACAGCAGCACCAAAGAACCACCAACGGCCGACCCGGCAACGGCAUCCCGAAAAGCAGUAGUGACGUGCGACGAAGACGACGAUCCCUCCUCGUGUUCGUCCUGCUCGGCGGUGAGCGCACCAAACCAAAACACCAAAUACAAGUCCCGGCCGCGCUUCAACACGCUCGAACUGGACCUGAGCUGUACCAAAAAUAAGUUUCCCAUCCGACGGGAUCGGGCCGGUAGCCAGCGGAACUACAGCGACUAUUCACCCAUAACACCGACGUCGGCGGCGAUGGCGGCGACAACGAUCGGCGGCGGGACCGCUGGGAUCGUGACCACCUUUGGGGUAACUAUGCUCAGCAGCAGCAGCAACAGUGCCGUGACAAGUCCCACCGGUGGUGGACCACUUCCGACGCUGUUUUGCGAACAACGUCUGCAGCAGCAGCUCACCAGUUCCAAAUCGGAGGCGGCUCUGGUGACUAAGAAGUGAAGCUGUUUGACAGUUUGUGUGUGCACGCGUUUACGUUCGUGCGUGUGUGUGUGUGUGUGGAUAGAAUGAGUGUCAGAUUAUUUUUCUUUUUGUUUUUCUUCGGCAGGCAUAAAAUUUAGGUUUUUUUCAAUUGUUUUAUAUUCGACUAGUUUAGCGUGGAGGAUUUUUUUCGGUGUUACUAUUUAUUUUUAACAAAUUUUGAAUUGUACAAUGAGAUGAAAAUGGGAAACGGUUUAUACUAACGUACUUACACUAUAACUUGUCACAAAGUCCAAGCUCCCAAUAAUGAAACUCCUCGGUAUUUUGGAACGAAUGGUGUUGCUUACCAUCGACAGCGAAGUACAAAAAAAACAGAACACGUGUUGGUCUUGGUAUACAGGCAGAAUGCUUCUUGCACCUAUUCCAAUAGGUGUGGCAUAUUCAAAUAGCUGAUAGUACGGUGGCUAGCUAGAAAUUGUGAAUUAGAAGGUGCUUUCAAUGUAGCUGUCUGAAUCCAAACCA